GGCCGAGGCCGGAGGAGAGGGGCGCUGAUUGACAGAGGCACAGAGGGGUGGUUCGUAUCGUGGGGCUGGGGGAGACGCCUCCUUCCUCCCCAUCCCAUCUCCUCACGAGGGCCCCCCGAUCCGACCCAUCGUGGUGGUGGUGGUGGUGGGGAGGAAGCCCCCCUGAAAGGCCUCAGCCCACCGAGGGAUGGACGGGGGUCUCCCCACCCCUCAGCCGUCCGCGUCGAACGGGGUGGGGGGACGAGGGAGGACCGGAGCCGCCUAGGCCUUUCCCCCCCGCUAUCCCGAUCUCCCUCCGUCCAAUGGCCCCCACGAAGCCCUGAGGAAAGAAUCGGCCGCCGGGUUUGUCCGGCCUAGUUACCGCUUGUGUCUGUGUGCUUCAUCAGGAACCAGGCGGGGCGGCACGAUGCUGUCGGAACAAGCCCAGAAGUGGUUCCCGACCCACGUCCAGGUCACGGUCCUCCAAGCCAAAGAUCUCAAGCCAAAGGGCAAAAGUGGCACCAACGACACCUACACCAUCAUCCAGCUGGGCAAGGAGAAAUAUUCCACCUCCGUAGCCGAGAAGACCCUGGAUCCCGUCUGGAAAGAAGAGGCCUCCUUCGAGCUCCCCGGAUUACUGAUGCACGGCAAUCCAGAGAAGUAUUUUCUCUUCCUGGUAGUGAUGCACAGGUCCCUGGUGGGGCUCGAUAAGUUUCUGGGCCAGGUGGCCAUCAAUCUCAAUGACAUCUUUGAGGACAAACAGAGGAGGAAGACAGAGUGGUUUAGUUUGGAAUCGAAACAAGGCAAAAGAGCCAAAGACAGAGGGGAAAUAAAAAUCAAUAUCCAGUUUAUGAGGAACAAUAUGACAGCAAGUAUGUUUGACUUAUCCAUGAAAGACAAAACAAGAUCACCUUUUGCCAAGCUGAAGGAUAAAAUGAAAGGGAGAAAGAAUGAUGGGACAUUUUCCGAUACAUCUUCGGCAAUCAUUCCGAGCACUCACAUACCUGAUGCCAACCCUGAACUUUCAAGUAGCGAAAUACAGAUGAAAUCCAAGCCAAAAAAGCCAUUCCUUUUGGUACCCCAGCGUCUUUCUUCAGCUCACUCUAUGUCUGAUUUAACUGGGUCUCAUGCGUCUGCAGAAAAAUUGAAGUCUGGUGCCAUUAGCCAUACACUCCUUUUUAGGCGCCAGUUAGAGUCGUUUGGUUCUGUUGAAGAAAACGGAAAUCUCAAAUCACCACACAGAAGAACCUUAAGUGCUGAUACUUCUAAAAUGAAUCAGCCCGACAGCAGAGUUGAUGAAGGUGAAUCUUCUUUGGUAGCCCAAAAUGAUCCAUUUACAAAUGUGACUGCUUCAUUACCCCAAAAAUUCGCCACACUGCCAAGAAAGAAAAACCCAUUUGAAGAAAGCAGUGAAUCCUGGGAUAGCAGCCUGAAUUUAUUUUCCAAAUCAGAAACCCGAAAAGAAACUAAAAAAGAAAGGAGAGAGAAAGUUAGCCUUUUUGAAAGAGUGACUGGGAAAAAAGAUAACAGGAGGUCUGAUAAACUCAGCAACUGGGGAUCAGACAGCUCCUGUGACUUGAAAUCACCUAAUGCAUUUGGUGAAAAUCGCCAGGACUAUUUUGAUUAUGAUUCCACUAAUCCGUUUUCAGCAAACUUCAGGACUACAAACGUGAUGCCAUCUCGCAGUUUUCAUAUGAAGCCAACGAGCACUGAAGACCUCAGGAAAAUGCUGGAGAGCAAUCCUUUUGAUGCCACUGCGGGAUAUCGCAGCCUGACCUAUGAAGAGGUGCUGCAGGAACUGGUGAAGCACAAAGAGCUACUUAAGAGGAAAGAUACUCAUAUCCGUGAACUAGAGGACUACAUAGACAAUCUUCUUGUACGCGUCAUGGAAGAAACUCCAAGCAUUCUCAGAGUGCCAUACGAACCUUCCAGAAAAGCUGGAAAAUUUUCCAAAAGUUAAUAAGCAAAUUACACUGCCUAGUCCUUUUUAUAUACUGAAUGCUAACGGAAGAUCUUUGCACUACCUGUUGCAGGUUUUGUGAGUGUGUGUGUUUGUGUGUGUAUGUACGUGUUGUGGGUGUGUGUGUGUGAGAGAGAAAGAGAGAUAAUUUUAACUUGAAGUACUAGCUGGGACUGCCCAAAGUAGUGAUACAUGAAAUGGGCUAAAUACCUUCAAAUAUUAAAUUAGAAAUACAGGCCUAGAAUCUUGAGGUAUGUAAAUAAUUCCCUGCGUAUGGUUGGCAUUUGGAGGAGCAUAUUGAAACAAUCUGUUAAAAGGAACUUUAAUGUUCUCAAAACACAAAUGCAUUUCCAAAAGUGCCGAUUCCAUAUCCACAGUGCAAUGUUCCCUGACAGGUGAAGUAAUAAUUUAAUAGCAGUUCAUUUGGGAAUUUGUUUUGCCUCAGAAUUGUUACUUAAAAAUAACUCACGUAAAAUGUUCAUACUUUUUUUUUACACCUGAUUAUUUUCAAGGCUAUUAGCAGAAUCUGCAAGUGAAGGGGUGUAAUAUUGUUGCAAAAAGGUCAUUUUUAUCAGUAUUACAAUUUAGGAGACUGCCAAAACAAUCUUAGUAGCAUGUUUAUUUUUGAGAGAGCUAGGAACUUUUACUUUACAGAAAAUAUCUUUUCUGGAUGUUUAUUAGCAGGUAGAGGGCCAUAAGUGCUUUGUGAGCGUGCCAUUUCACACCUGCCUUGUAUGAGGAAGACACACUGUUCACUUUGUGAUGAUUCCUUGAGUGCAUUCAUUGUACAACUUAAAUUUUGAAUUUCAGCUAGACCAUAACUAUGUUCUAUCCUUUUGGUAAACCCACUGCAUGCCUUUUAAGAUGUCAAAGUAAUGGCUAAGAAGAAUGGUAAAAGAUUGUGCCAGAAGUUAAAGAAGUUAGUUUGCCUCCUCUGUAAUGCCCACAACAGUAUGUUUAGAUCUGAAUACAGAAUGAAUAUUGUGGUAGACCAAUUUUAAGAGUGUUGGAAUAUGUGGAAUUAAGCUAUCCCGACUUCUGAACACUGAGGCAAAAAUAGAAUAGGUAGGGCAAUGUGAGAGUGUGUCUUAUAACAGUGUUCUUUUCCUAAAGGUUUGACGUCAAGAGAUUGAAUGUGUCUGUUUAGCAAAAGGUUGAUAGCAUUUUUUUCCAAAAGCAUGCUUAAUUCCAAAAGGGUAUCGUUAAAUAUUGUUGUAAGCAUAUAUAAAAGUAACGGUUGACUUCAUCUGGAAAUUGCUAGAGCGUAAAAAAUAUAUAAUAUAUAGUCAGUAUUUAUUUUUGGAGAGUACCUCCUUAAAGGACUUAAAUAGAUUGUCUGUUACUGUCACAAUAACCUAUUGCAUAAUUCUGUACUGUUUUGUGGGGCUAAGGAGUUCUCAACUGUGAGACAAAAAUGUGAAAUUUUCCCCCAUCUCCUGUAUUUUAACAUAUUUUGAACACCUAAAAUAAGGUUUUUUCAAAAAUAAAAUGAAAAAUAUGGGAGGAUGUUCUUAGUUAUUCCUUAGAAUUUUGAGAAGAAAGAGAACAGUACUUUAUUUUUUUGAGAAAUACCAAGUUAAUACAAUUUCCAGAAAGUUAAAUAUUUUUGUUCAGAUUUCUUAGGAUAGCAAGCUCACUAACAGGAUAGGAUCUUUCAUGACCGUUUAAAGGUGUUAAUACGUUUUUCAGUUCACUUAGAAGAACAAUGUAUUCCUCAUUUCUUUGUGAUAACUAAUUAUUUUCCAAAGUGGUAUUUGGGAGGUUUGGUUCAUUUUACUGAAUUGUAGGAAAUAGGCAUUUUGCCCAUAUCAUCUGUUGGGAAUACACUAAAACUUCAUAAGACAGUUUAGAAUAUACUUUGUCAGUCUGCAUGUUUGGUGAUCAAUAUUUGUAGGCUGAUGAGUUUUUAAGUGUUACGUUUCUUUAAGAAGAAUUUUAUCUUUCUCCACUGAACUUCUCUUUUGUCAGAUCAAUCAUUCCAAAAUGUGUUUUUUUCAGUGUUAUCAGAAAGAUCCUCAAAAUGUUAGUUGGAUGUCCUGCUAUGUAUAAUCAUAAAAGCCAUAUUGGGUGUGGGCCAAGUUCCACAACCCUUAUGUAAAAGUGUCUUCACUUUUGAUAACAGGUGAUUUGGGAAAUAAGGACCUAUCCCAAUUAUAAAUUAUGUAACUAUUGUUUUCACCUCUCCCGGCUAAAAGGUACAGUAUUAAAAUUUUCUAUUUAAAUUUCAUUUGCACCACCUACAAUGAUUUAACAUAUUCUCGUGAAACAUCGAACAUAUGAUUUAGAGUAGAUUUUACUACAUAUUUUUAUAGUCAGCACAGUAAAUUAAUGGCCAAAAAGGUGGUGUAGAAGUGUGAACACAUGCAGGUUUUAAUAUGUCAUCCGGGCCUUUGUGUAGAAGUAUUGGCAAAAGAAGAAAUUUAAUACUUAGAAAUUCGAAGUAGUCUAAAUGGUGUGUAAAUUUGGCUCUAUACAACUUAAAUUGUUUAGGGUUGGAAUGAGUAAAUAUGACCAAAUGAAAAAUAAUAAGGAGAUUUGUAAAAAAAAUUGUUUUUGCAUGUACGCUUUCGAACACGUGCACGCUGAAGACUAUUUCAUAUACAAAGUCAUCUUUGAAUCCUAGGGUAGUGGAUUCACUAUUCCAGUUCUGUCUUAAACAAUCAGGAACAUUUGUUAUAUAAAAAAAACCUGUUUCAAGUUCUUCCCUUAGUUUGUAAAUGUUAUGUUUUGCUACAUCCAAGAUCCCCCUCUAAACCAUAUUCAGCCAUAGUGAUGAAAAUAUUAGAAGGCUGUCCUCUGAGCAACUUGUUUAAUUUUAACUUAUAAAGUGAACAUCAGGGCUGUACUUCAGAGUUGUAAAUAAAAUGAGAACUUAAUGCCAUUCGUGAAGAAUGUUUUGUAUUUGCUGCUAUAUUCUUUGUUUAUCUUGUUUUAGUCACCUCUCCAUGAAUGCGGCAUUAUCCCUAGAUUAUGCUUAACUACAUCUAUUGCUGUUGGCGGUGAAUUAAGAACUAGUUGUAAUUUUCCCGCUGUGAAAAUGUUGCCUUGCAUUUGACAGAGUUUCAUGAAUGGUCACCUAAAGAAAACCGAACUCAUUAAUGACAGACUUGCUUUCUUCACCCUUCCUAGGAGUUUGACUAGGAGAAUGUUAAAAUAAAUUAAUUUGCUAUCUCUAAUAUACCUACAGUAAAUGCUGCAGUGGAAAUUCUAUUGACUACUUUAGCUUGUAAAUAAAAAUAUCCUAACUUGGAUAUGUAAACUUCAACUUAAGCUUUUUGAUAGUCAUGAUCACAAGCAUCGUGUAAAUAUGGUAGGUGUAAAUUUUGUGUGUUAAAUGAUGAAGUUUAAAGCAUGUUGAUUUAUUUACUUUGAAGUAAGGUGAAGGAUUCUAGUGCUGCUAGUUCAUGAUGCUAGAUUUAAGGGUCUGUCAGCACAUCUAUUAGAAACACUUACUUUUAUGGAUUUAUAACUUUAAUAAUCCAGAUGCAAUCUUGGAAGUAUUUAAUAUGCAAUAGAUAGCACCUUAACUAAUCUCCAUAUAAAGGAUUUUCAGAUGUAUUUUUCUAAGAAAUCCAGAAACUCCUCAAGCGUUCAACAAUAAUUGGCAUUUUAUUUCGUUUGUUUUCUAUGCCAAGUAAACUAUUCUUAUUGUGGAAUUGGAGUCGGUUACAAAUUAUACAUUUGGUUCCAUCCGUCCUGGAAACUUCCAGAUGGUUUGUAUUUUGAGGUUCAAGUUAUUGCUGAAGAUCCUAGAAAUGUGUAUUUAUUUAUAUUUGAAGAGUACACUUGUCUUAGUAAGUGAAUAGUAACUGUGCACAUUUUUACGGUACAAAAUUGCAGGUAUUGUAUUGUGACAUUAAUUUAUGUAUUCAGAUGCAUGAAAAGCAAAAGUUUUAUAUUCUGUCUUACUACUGAUUUAUAGUUGAAUAAAAUGUGUAAUAAAUACAAUAUCUAAAUUUCUUGUCCAGUAUUGCAUGUCCAAAACCUUAAUAAAACACCACAAUGCAUUCAUUACAGCAUCCCCUUUCUUGACAAUUAAUCAAAGUAUGUGUCAUGAUGCCUUUCAGAAUGUAUGCUUGUGUGACAUGUAAUUUGUCAUGAUCUGGAAAAUGUAUAAAAAGCAAGCUUCUGCGUGAA